UUGGUUGUCUCUUUGGGCCUGGAGCUUAUGAUAUGGGAACAGGGACUGUAAUCUGGUGUUGUCUGUCGAGGUGAUUACACUGAAAGAAUCCAAUCAUUGCUGGUCCCAGCACACUUGGAAAGUUCCACAAAGCCUCAACUGCAGAAGACCCAGCUACCGCAAGGACCGCCCUUUAUGACCCUUGACCACCAGAUCAUCAGCCAGACACUCAGACGAUCCCACUCUCCUUCAACAAGCUGUGUGCUUUGGACACAGUAUGGACACCCAAGCCCAGAUAGAGACGCUGGCCUCACAGGAACUCCACUCACCAAAUUACUAACUCUGGGGAAAGACAAUGGCAGUGUGGAAUGGCGUGUGGAGGAUGUUAUUGAGGAUAUAAUCGGCAUGGAAUCAAAUUUUGAAGAGAAAGGAACAAACUCUUCUCUGCUAAUGCAAAGAACACUAUCUGGAAGUAUUUUGGAUGUGUAUAGUGGUAAGAAGGGGAUUUCACCAGUUAAUAUGGGUCUUACAAGUGCUUCCUGUCCAAGUAAUCUACCAAUGAAAAAAGAAAUUAUAGUAGAAACUGACCCACGAGCUUUGACAAAAGAGAGACAAAAAAAAGACAAUCAUAAUCUCAUUGAAAGAAGAAGAAGGUAUAAUAUUAAUUACCGAAUCAAGGAGCUUGGCACUCUUAUUCCAAAGUCUAAUGAUCCUGAUAUGCGCUGGAACAAAGGAACCAUUCUGAAAGCAUCAGUGGAGUACAUCAAGUGGCUACAAAAAGAACAACAGAAGGCUCGAGAGUUAGAACACAGACAGAAGAAAUUAGAGCAGGCGAACAAGCGACUUCUCCUCCGGAUUCAGGAACUAGAAAUACAGGCUCGUGCCCAUGGGUUGCCAGCCUUGACUUCACUUGGCAUGGUUGGUUUAGAGGCUCACCUCACCAAACAGCAGAGUCACCCUGAACAGAAUUCAGUAGACUAUUGCCAACAACUGAACCUAUUUCAGAGAACAAGUCCUGAACUCUGUGAUCAAGCUAUGGCCUUCUCUGAUCCUUUGUCACACUUCACAGAUUUAUCAUUUAGUGCUGCUUUGAAAGAGGAACAAAGAUUGGACAGCCUGCUACUGGAGGACACAAUAUCCCCAUUUGGAACAGACCCUCUGCUAUCUGCCACUUCCCCUGCGGUUUCCAAAGCAAGCAGUAGGAGAAGUAGCUUUAGCUCAGAGGAUGGGGAUGAGUUAUAAGAAAUGCAAGCUCAAUCUAUCAACUAGUAAACAAUUUCAUGUCAGUGCUAUGGUCUAUGUUUCAUACAUUGCUUUUGUUCCAUUUUUCUGAAAGAAAUGUGUUGUUCAUGAAAAACUGACUAGAAACAACAGAAGGACUUACAGAAAGACAAAUCCCGAUACUACAUAGUCCAAAUCUACCUAAAUUUUGUUUUCCCAGUAGGCAACAAGUCUGUAUUGAUGUCUUAAAAACUUCAGUGUUAACAAGUUAUUAACAGACUGUGAAGAGAAAUUGACUGAAAGAUACAACCCUUAUUUUAGUCCUUCUCUUUAAUAUUCUACAAUUCACCUCUUAGAUUUGUGCUUAAGAAUCAACAAAUGGGGCUGGGAAGGCGGC